AUGUCCGGCAAUCCAAAGCCUUUACGAGAAGAUAACACACGUAACCUACCAAUUUCUCGCUAUCCAAGAGGAAAAAUCGCCACAACCUACCCAUCGUACCAGGCCGAGGAAAUUAUGUACCUCGAACGAGCUGGUACGCUCGCUAAGCAGUCAUAUAUUCAGGUCAAGCAUGUGUAUAGUAUUCCUCUUUCGAAACUCGUCAAUCUCGGCUGCCCUAAAUUCGAAAAUCGACUCUCCGAAGAAAGUUACUCCCAUCUCAUGAAGGUCCUCAAACUUGAAAAGUCACAGUGGAUGCAAACAUUAGAGCUUGAGUCGGGUGGUCAAGAUCCCUCCACUGUGGCUCCCAAACUCAAAGCCGGACUCCCAACUCUGACGAAUGGAUCAAAGAUACUCACGCCUGGCAUGGCGCUUGAGGAAAAAUCUCAGAUGUCUGUCGUCACCUCACCGGUUCCACCGCAAAGCAACACAAUUACGACACCAUCACUUCAAAAAGGGAAGAAGGCAAGGAAAUUCAAGGCAGUUGCGGGCCACGAUUUCCUGAGCAAUAUGGUCUGUGCGUUCCAAUAA